GAGGCUAUUUUUUGGAAUUUAUUUGUGUUUUUUUGAUGCCAUUUAUAAGGAAGCUAAUCAGAAGAAAAUUUUGCUUCUGUCUCUCUCUGACUUCUGGCUGCAUAAUAAUUUCAUUCUACACCUUGUUUUUCGGAUUCCUCAACGCGGGCACCACAGUCGAUGAAGUUAUAUACAGGGAAACGUUCAAAACUGAUGUAUGGGCAAAAUGGUUCAAUGUGUUUCACAUAGCUCUGAUGAUUGCAGCUGCAGUUGUCCUGCUGAUUUCUGUCAUGACGAAAUAUAUUAAGGUCGUUUUCAUAUGGAUGGCAAUGUUUAUCAUUCACAUCAUAUCAUACUACAUCGUCUUCAAUGCCCUGGUAAAUGUUCGCAACCCGUUCUUCAGUAGUGCUCUAGCUGCAUCGAUAUAUGUCUUGGUAAAUUUGGUGACGCUGGGCAUAGAUAUAUUUUGCAUAAUCAAAAUCUAUUCAUAUUAUUACGUGAAGCAGCAUCCAGAUGAAUUCAGACCACCAUGUGUUGACAAAUGAUAGGUCAUAAGAAGGAUUUUAAAACCUGAUUUAAUGCUCGAUUGACAAAUAGUAAAAUUUAUUUUUAAGGCAAUAAAAAAAGUAUAUAACAAAAAUAUUAUCUGCGCCUCUUACCACAUGUUCGGAAAG